AUGGAUGUUAUAACAACAAGCAGCAACGACAGCAACGCGACCAACGGUUACCCUCACGGGGUGGACGUGGUUACCGACUGGGACGGGGGUGAGAAUGGCACCGGGUCUGGGUCUCUGCCUGAUCUGGAGCUGAGUUACCAGAUUAUCACCUCUCUACUCCUGGCGUCCCUCAUCCUCUGCUCCAUAUUUGGCAACGCGUGCGUCGUGGCAGCCAUCGCCCUGGAGAGAUCUCUCCAGAAUGUGGCUAACUAUCUAAUCGGAUCCCUGGCCGUGACAGACCUCAUGGUAUCAGUGCUGGUUCUUCCAAUGGCCGCCCUCUACCAAGUUUUGAACAAGUGGACACUGGGACAAGAGAUCUGUGAUUUAUUCAUCUCCCUGGAUGUACUGUGUUGCACAUCAUCCAUCCUGCAUCUGUGCGCAAUUGCCUUGGACAGGUACUGGGCCAUAACAGACCCCAUUGACUAUGUAAAUAAACGGACACCAAGGCGAGCUGCACUCUUGAUUAGUGUGACUUGGCUGGUUGGUUUCUCCAUCUCUAUUCCGCCUAUGUUAGGCUGGAGAAGCGCCGAAGACAGGGCGAACCCCGACGCAUGCAGCAUCAGCCAGGACCCGGGCUACACCAUCUACUCCACAUUUGGGGCUUUUUACAUCCCCCUUAUCCUCAUGUUGGUCCUAUACGGGCGAAUAUUCAAGGCUGCUCGGUUUCGGAUUCGAAAGACGGUCAAGAAAACCGAGAAGACAAAAACAGUGCCAGAUAAGUGCUUGACUGUGUCACCGGCCAUCUUCCACAAGAAAACCAACGGGGAGGCCGGGGGCAAAGGCUGGAAGCGCUGCGACGAGUCUAAACCCAGCUCUCCGUGCGUAAACGGCGCGGUGAAGCAUGGAGAGGAGGGCGAGUCGCUGGAGAUCAUAGAAGUUAUCAGCAACUCAAAGACGCACCUGCCUCUGCCCAACACCCCUCAGUCCUCGCAGGGCUACGAAAACAUGAAUGAAAAGAACUCGGGGGCGAAGAGAAAGAUCGCGCUGGCCAGAGAACGUAAAACGGUGAAAACGCUGGGGAUAAUCAUGGGAACUUUCAUCUUCUGCUGGCUGCCCUUUUUCAUCGUCGCACUGGUGUUGCCUUUCUGUGCAGAGAGCUGCUACAUGCCCGACUGGCUGGGCGCAGUCAUAAACUGGCUGGGCUACUCCAACUCUCUCCUCAACCCCAUCAUAUAUGCCUACUUCAACAAAGACUUCCAAAGUGCUUUCAAGAAGAUUAUAAAAUGCAAAUUCCACAGACCGUAACCACACACAGCGAAAACAUUUGUUUACUUAAAUGUGGAGUAAAUAAACGGACUGUAUGAAACUGCAAAAAAAAAAAAGUAAUA